AUGGUGAGCAGUUUGGACCCGAGAAAUUUAAAUAACAGUCGCAUUAAUGAAGAAUCACGGCAAGAUCAGCUGGAAGAGCUGAAAGAUGACGUGGAAUCGCUGAAAAUGGAAAGUUUGAACGAGCGGCUAGGCCUCCCGCCGGCUUUCCGAGUGUUCUCAUUGGCCUUUACGGCAGCCAUAGUUGGUUCCUUGGGAGGAAUGAUGCAUGGAUGGAAAACUUCAUCUUUGCGGUAUCUAGCAUCAAACUCACACAGGCUGCCCACAACUUACAAUGGGUGGUUCUUUUACCACAAGCGGAAGAUGUACUACUGCCUAAAGCAGGGAAUGAUAGUGGGAUUCAAGACUGGGGCGAAACUGGGUGGAUUUGUUGGCUGUAUCUUUGCUGUAGAGGCAGGCUUUGACAAGCUUCGCGGAGUUAAGGACUUUUGCAACACAAUGAUGGCUGUUUGCAUACCUGGGGUUGCCUACUCUUGGUGGCACAGGAUGCCCCGUGUCCAGGCAAACGACUUUAUACGGAAAGGGGGCCGGAUUGGGAUUGGCUUUGGGCUACUUGAGGACCUUUUUCAGUAUAUUAGAGGUGCCGAUGUGUGGUACUUGCGUCGGCUUUUCGGCAUUCAGCCCAGAAGUUUGACCGAGAGAAUAAGAGACCGCAUUCGCUCCGAUAAGAACAAGCUGUGA